GUAACGCGUGGCGGAAGCACAAAUCGGAGCCUGGGACUUGGAAAGUAGUGCGGCUACGUUCCUGAGCGACACAUGUCACUUACUUCGUUGCUGAUCGGGAACGACACAAAUCAGAGCAUGCUUGCUUGGUAGUAUUUGUACAACUUUGCCGCCUUACCUUCCUCGCAGGGUUGGGUUUGUAUGGCUUUUCCUCUUCAACUCUUUUUCUUUUACGACUAUCAGUAUAAUAACCUUGGAUGCUUCUGGCCUCCUACUACUACCACUAUCAUCCUCCACCAUUACUACUACUAUUACUAGCUAUGGAUAUGGAUAUGGAGAAAACAACUGCUGGGGCUUCGGAGGAUUCGGAGGAGAAAAUGAUCACCUUAGAGUUGGAGGCCGCGGAAGCUUUGGCGGGUUUAGCCUAUUCCGCCACGCCCCACCAACAACCGGAAUCCCCACCAGUGAUCAACUACGGGUCUUCCUCAUUCCCACCACAAAAACCAUCACAGCCGCCCUCUACCUGUGAUCUACCUCCUCAUCUUCCUCAGGGUCAGGCAAUUGUGAUCAAGGAGCCUUCCGAAAGGGUAUCAAAUGUGAUCACUAGAACUGUAAAAGAUGAGAAAAAUGAUGAAUUUAAAGCAGGAGGCUUGUCGUGUUCCACUAGUUAUUUUUCUGUUGGUGGUAGCAGCUCAAGGCAACCUUCAACUGAGAUUGAAAAGGAAACACGAAGGCUUCGUCGUGUAUUGGCAAAUAGAGAAUCAGCGAGGCAGACAAUUCGGCGUAGGCAGGCUAUAUUUGAGGAGUUAACUAGAAAAGCAGCGAAUCUGACACUGGAGAAUGAGAAUUUGAAGAAGAUGGCCAAAAUGGUGAAGCCCAAGUCAGAGCAAAUCACAGGAGAAUCAAACUUUAAUUGUGGAGGAUGUUCUGUAUCUGCAUGUUCAAGAACUCCAUUUUCUCCUUAUACACCAUCCCCUAUUCUUCCACUUCACUGGCCAUCAGCAGUUCAACCUCUAGAUGCUACCCUGUUUCGAAGCAGAUCUCUAUGUGAUAUUGCAAAUCCAUCGCUUUUUGCCAUGACACAUGAGCCAAGGCCGGAAUUAUUGUCUGAUCAAAGAGAAUCUGCGAUGGUUGCUAAUCCAGGAGCUUUGUUAUACGUACUGCCAUUCCCUUGUUUCUUUCCUCUGCAUUCCCCAACAAAUGCUCUUCGCCGCCAGCCCUCUCCCCAAAACGAUGGACAAAAUCAAGCUUAUUCAAAUAAUCAGUGCGCCGCAAGUUCUUCCGCGAAAAACAGUCUGCAUGGAGAGGAUGACCAAGCCUGUUUAUCCUUGAAAGUCAAAACAGAAGCUUCUAAUUCAACCGUGAAUAGCUCCGUUGAUGAUGUCCAUCAGGCUGGAUUUGGAUACCCCCCAGACGGUGGUGGUAACAUUGGAGGAACUUAUCCUGAUAGGAUGGUUCUCAUGCCGACACCCUUGAGGUGUGUCAGGCCGGCAACUAGUUUACCUGUAGGACUAAGUACUGCUGCGAGGAGAAAUGACACUUUAACCAAGGCGGAGGUUGCCGCAUCUUCUGCCGGACAAAGAGAAAAAGGUGCAUCGGAAGAGUAUCAAAAGCCAGUGGUUUACAGCAGGAAAAUGUCAGAGGAUGCAACCACUGCUGCAGAAGCCAGGAGGAGGAGAAAAGAAUUGAUGAAACUGAAAAUCCUGUAGGUUGGUCAUUAACAUUGUAAUUUUUGUCGUAGUAGGGUCUGAAGUUGCAGGCUUGAAAGGGUUUAUCGAAUUUUCCGGCAACAAGAGGCUAUCGAGAUUGAAAGCAAACGGGGGACCAAUUCAGAGGAGAAGAUUAAAGAAAGGGCAAACUCUGCAGUGGCUCUAGCAUUUCUUGGACUUUUGACGUUGAAUCUCGUGCUUUUGGCUCCAAGUUUUCACUUGAGGUUGAAUAAAUGAAAUCUUUUAGAAUGAAACAUCAGCUUUGGGCGAGCAUUGUAUAAACAUCAGCAUUAG